AUGACCACAGCACAAGACGAAUACAACGAGCUUUUCCGCGACAAGUCACGCCGCACCCACCACCCAGAAGAUGAUAACGAGUCGAUUCCGUCAGAAAACGACGACCUCCUCUCCGACUAUGAUGACGAACCCUCGGCCCUGCCCAACCUACCCUCAAGAGACCAUGUCCCGCGAAACAAGUCAUAUUCCAACACAGGACCCAAAGGUGUCAUCGCCGAUGCCCAAGCAUUCGAAGCCGCCCGCAGAGAACGCAACUCAUCACCAAAAGCUGCUACACAAAACUACGCAUACACACCGAAUGUCGCCAGGCUGAGUCUGGACGGCAGGAGCAAAGGAAGUCAGAGUGGAAGUGACGUUGAAAGCGAGGACGAAUUCAUGGCUGAGUGGCGACAAAAGAGGUUGAACCAGUUGUCUUCGAAUGGACGCCAGGCGAGCAACAGUAUCGGACAACCCCGUAGUCGCGCAACCUACGGUGGCCUUGUGACGGUCGACGGCGAAGGCUACUUGGAUGCUGUGGACCGCAGUCCUUCCAACACAGUCGUUGUCGUCUUCAUCUACGACGACUCGUCCGAAGUCAGUUACAUGGUCGAGGACUGCAUGCGCCAACUGGCUCGCAAGCACAAGACAACACGCUUUGUCAAGAUGCACUACCUUGAUGCUGAGAUGGAGCCUGCCGGUGUCCCCGCUGUCCUGGCAUAUCGUGGUGGCGACAAAUUCGCAGGUCUCGUACCUGUCGUCGACGAGAUCUCCGAUGAUGCCGACCUAAGUGCAAUCACUCUCGAGAACCUGUUCCAAAAACACCAAAUCCUUUAA